AUGGGACGUAAUAAGAAGAGAAACACCUUCGAGGUUCGACUGAAGUGUGGGGUCCCUGUGGUUGAUGUGCACUGGGAAACAGGGUUCAUCCCGAGAACGAUCAGUUGGAGAAAUUCAACAGUCGGUGGACAUCCGUGGCAGGUCUCCCUAAAAUUAGGUGAGGACCACUUCUGUGGAGGAAGCUUGAUCCAAGAUGAUCUGGUUGUUACAGCAGCAGGCUGCCUGGUUGGUCUCAACCAGAAGCAGAUUAAGAGUCUGACUGUGACUGCUGGGCAGGACAACCUCUCUCAGAAGGCGGAACAGGAACAAAAGAAUCCUGUCUCAAAAAUUAUUAUCCAUCCUGAGUACAGCAGACUUGGAUAUAUGAGUUCUGAUCUUGCACUGCUGUAUCUCAAACACAAAGUUGAGUUUGGAACUGCUCUUCAGCCAAUCUGUCUUCCCCAGAGAGAUGAUAAAUUUGAAGCAGGAAUUCUUUGCAUGACCAGUGGAUGGUGCAAGAUCUCAGAGACAUCAGAAUAUUCAACCAUCCUACAAGAAGUGGAACUUCCCAUCAUGGAUGACAGAACGUGUCAGACUGUGCUCAAGGGUAUGAACUUUCCUCUCCUUGGAAGGACAAUGAUGUGUGCCAGUUUUCCUGAUGGGGAAAAGGACGACUGCCAGGGAGACUCUGGAGGUCCAUUUGUUUGUAGAAGAGACAGUGGAAUCUGGGUCCUUGCUGGGAUAAGUUCCUGGAGAGCUGGUUGGACUAGAGAUUGGACUUCUUUAAGAAAAAACCAUAGAAGGGCAUCUCUGGGCAUUUUCUCCAAGGUGUUUGAGUUGAUGGAUUUUAUCACUCAGAAUAUAUGCACAGGAACAGUGUUAUUUGGAGAAAAUGGGAAAAUUCAUUAUCCCCAUUCCAAAGAAGGCAGCUGUUCUCAUAAUUGCUUAUGUAUGUGGAAAAUAAUGGUACCAGAAGAUAAAAUCAUCCUGAUAAAAUUUAGAAGCUUAGACAUACAAAAUCAAGUUGUGGACCAUGACUAUAUAUCUUUACAAUCAAGCAGUGGUGUGCCUAUUAAUACGUAUGCUACAUGUAAGGUCUGUGGAGGCAUAUUGCCCUCACCGUUGCAAGAGACCAAUGAGGCCAUAGUUAGAUGUAUUUCUAAGAUAGAAAACAGCAACAGCAGCUUUGAGCUGGCCUUUACUGCUGUACAGAAGAACUCAGAAGCAGGUUCAGGCUGUGGGAGUGUGGCCAUAUUGGUGGAAGGAGGGACAAUUCAUUCUUCCAAUUACCCUGACUUGUAGCCCACGAAUGUAAGGUGUCAUUGGUUCAUUCGUGCUCCAGAGAAACACAUUAUCAGGUUGGAAUUUGAAGGUUUUAUUACUGAAUUUAGCCAAAACUGUAUUUAUGAUUACGGUGAUCCAGAAAAGGAGCCUGAGUUAGGUGGGUACUGUGGAAUCUUGAAUCCUACUCCAAUAUUCAGUCCUAGUAACAUGCUGGUGAUUCAUUUUAAAAGUGAUGGUGAUAAUAACUUUCAGGGCUUCGAGGCUGGAUUCACUUUUUUCCUCUCAUGCAUCUGUGGCAUCCCUCCAGUUAGUUUCUAGUGGCUUUCCAGAAGAAUUAUAAAUGGGGAAGAAGCCUGUCCCCACUGCUGGCCAUGGCAAGUGGGUGUGAGGUUCCUAGGUAGUCACCAGUGUAGAGGGGCCAUCCUCAGUCCCACUUGGAUUCUGACAGCAGCCCACUGUGUGCAAUCGAAAAAUAAUCCACUCUUCUGGAUCAUUGUUGCUGGGGACCAUGAUAGAACCCUGAAGGAACCAACUGAGCAGGUGAGAAGGGCAAAACACAUCAUGGUACAUGAAGACUUUGAUGGGCAGAGCUGUGCCUCUGACAUCGCCCUGAUACAACUGAGUUCUCCUCUGGAGUUCAACUCCGCUGUGAGGCCAGUGUGUCUCCCACAAAGCAUGGAGCUGCUCCUUUCCUCUGAGAUCUGUGCUGUGACUGGAUGGGGAAAUGGCGGCCUCGCAAGGCACUUACAGCAGAUUCAGGUGCCCAUAUUAGAAGGAGAAGUCAGCAAACACACUUACUCCUCUCACCCAGGAGGGCUCACAGAGAAGAUGAUGUGUGCUGGCUUUGCAGCCUCUGGAGGGAAAGAUUUCUGUCAGGGAGACUGUGGUGGCCCAUUAGUGUAUAGACGUGAAAAAGGUCCCUUUGUCCUAUAUGACAUUGUCAGCUGGGAAGCUGGCUGUGCCCAGCCAAGGAAGCCAGAUGUACUUGCCAGGGUGAGUGUCUUCUUGGACUGGAUCCAGUUCAAAAUGAAAGGUCCUGCUUCACUUCAGAUAAAUAAUGAAAGCAAAACCUUAACAAGGCAACAGUUACCACCACUCACGCCUUCAACGGACAAUGCAUUUGGACCAGGUUGUUACUCUGAAGUGGAACCAGAAGAACCCAGAGGCUUUUUUUCAACUCCAAGAUAUCCACUGGAUUAUAGAGGAAAACUGGAAUGUUCUUGGGUGCUCAGAGUGUCACCAAGCAGUAUGGCAAAAUUGACAGUUGAGUAGCUGUCACUGCCUUGGUCUCUUGUGUGUCCAGAUUCUGUUGUGACUAUUUAUGAAGAAAGCCACGAUGAGAAAAGGGUAAAUUAUGGGAGAAGGCUUUAUUCAAUGCUUUUCAUGAGCUCCGGACCACUGGUGAGAGUGGUAUUUCAUUCCCUUGUGCAAGGUGCUUUGGGCAUAAGUUGUAUUGUCUUUACGGUCCAAGGUCCAAAGGGCAGUAAAACUGCCAAACUUCUCCAGAGUUCAAACCAAGAAUAUAUGGCCACCUGUGAGGAUGUUAUUCUGACUAAACUAGGAGGAAUCAUUCAGAUCCCAAGAUACUCUCACAGAACCACAAUGAGUUGCCACUGGAAGUUAUCAGCCCCCUUAAACCACAUCGUUCGUCUUGAUAUUAUCAACUUCCAGAUGAAGCCAACACCCUUGGCCUGUCAGAGUCAUAUGUGGGUUUACGAAGGAUUUGGAUCAGGCAAAAAAUUAAUAGGUAACUAA